AUGGAUUUCCAAAACCGUGCCGGUGGCAAAACCGGCGGCGGAGGUAUGGCUUCCUGGUCCGAGAGCAACCGGGACCGGCGUGAACGAUUGCGACAGCUAGCGCUGGAAACGAUCGAUCUAAACAAGGACCCCUACUUCAUGAAAAACCAUCUCGGUUCGUACGAAUGUAAGCUGUGUCUCACGCUGCACAACAACGAGGGCAGCUACCUGUCCCACACGCAGGGCAAAAAGCAUCAGGCCAAUCUGGCACGUCGUGCGGCGAAAGAGGCAAAGGAGGCACCGUGGGUAAUACAGCCGGAAAAACCACGCAUCGAACCGAAAAAGUUCGUCAAGAUCGGUCGCCCCGGUUAUCGGGUAACGAAGCAGCGCGAUCCGGAGAAUGGUCAGCAGUCGCUACUGUUCCAAAUCGAUUACCCGGAAAUUACGGACGGUAUUGUACCGCGGCAUCGGUUCAUGUCAGCUUACGAACAAAAGAUUGAACCACCGGACCGCAAGUGGCAGUACCUACUGUUUGCAGCCGAACCGUACGAAACGAUCGCGUUCAAGGUGCCGUCGCGCGAGGUGGAGAAAACGGAGGGAAAGUUCUGGACCCACUGGAACAAAAACACCAAACAGUUUUUCCUACAGUUUUCGUUCAAGCUUGAACCGAAGAUUAUACCGCCACCGCCACCAAACGUGCACCGGAUGCCACAUCCUGGUCGUCCGAUGUUUAACCCGGUUCCACCACCGCCGAUGGGUGUCGUGCCCGUACCGGCACCGCCACAUAUGUAA